ACGGCACUGAAAUUGAAAUUAGGGAUCACUAACAAAGAAUCAAAACGCAAGAAAAAACCACAACGCAUGGAAACCGAAGCUCCAUCAAUGGAGAAUCCCAAAAUCUCCGCUUACUACCAGACCCGCUUAGCGCACUUUGGUGUCGUCAGCACCGAAUGGUUAGCACAAGCUCAAUCUGCGACAAACCCUAACCCACCACUACCAUCAUCUUCAACAAAUUCUCACACUGAUAAAGAUACCAAUUUCUCUGUAAUCGAUGAAUUCAACAGGUGGCGUAAUCAUCCUGAUUUGGCAGAAGCAGUUGCCGCAAUUCGGGCUCUUGCUGCUGUUAUUAGUGCUAGUAAAGCUUCUACAAUGAUGCAGCUUGAAAUUGAACUCAAAAACGCUUCUGAUACUCUUAAAGCAUGGGAUACAACCUCUAUAUCAUUAACAGCGGCAUCUGACCUGUUUAUGAGAUACGUGACAAGGACCUCUGCUUUGGAAUUUGAAGACUUCAAUUCCGCUAAAGCUCGCUUGAUUGAGCGUGCUGACAAAUUUGGGGAAAUUUCCUACAAGGCUCGCAAGAUUAUUGGAAUGCUUAGCCAAGAUUUUAUAUUUGAUGGUUGUACCAUUUUGGUACAUGGUUUUUCGAGAGUUGUCUUUGAAGUUCUUAAACUGGCUGCACAUAAUAAGAAGCGCUUCCGAGUCUUCUGCACAGAGGGGAGACCAGACCGAACAGGUUUAAGGCUGUCCAAUGACCUGGCCAAGCUCGAUGUUCCUGUGAAACUUGUGAUAGACUCUGCAGUGGCUUAUACUAUGGACGAGGUGGACAUGGUUCUUGUGGGUGCAGAUGGAGUUGUUGAAAGCGGUGGUAUAAUUAACAUGAUGGGGACAUACCAAAUUGCGUUGGUUGCAAAGAGUAUGAAUAAGCCAGUUUAUGUGGCCGCUGAAAGCUACAAGUUUGCUCGUCAUUACCCUCUGGACCAAAAGGAUUUGGCACCUGCCCUACGACCAGUUGAUUUUGGUGUCCCUAUUCCAUCCAAGGUUGAGGUGGAAUGCUCUGCCCGAGAUUAUACUCCUCCUCAAUAUUUGACUUUGCUUUUCACAGAUUUAGGUGUUCUUACUCCAUCAGUUGUUAGUGAUGAGCUCAUCCAGCUAUACUUAUAACCAUCCCCGUAUAAUUUUCUUCUGAUUUUUUAAAAAAGUUGGCCUCAGUUCAAGAUAGUCUCUCUUAUUAAACAAUUUUGUAAUACAAUUAUGUGCAGUGGCAACUUCAGUAUAACUGAGGAAAGUUUCUAUUGUAUUUGUUCGGUUAAGUUUCUGAGAAAUGCAAGGGCUGCAAGUUCAACCCAUAUAAUCAAUCGCAUUCCCUUCAGUUUUUUCGGUUU